AUGAGCAUGCCGAGCGAGGCAGAGGCACUCACAGCUUUCAUUCACUGGGUGCAGACUAUAUGUGUUGGUCGACACAUCAAGGAUGUGAACGCCUUAUGCGAUGGCUCAGCAUUGUUCGAAGUGCUGCAGGGCGUGGAUGACGUGCAUUUUCUACCGCCGCGUUCCUCCAGUCUCGAAACUUUGCACAGAAGAGUGGUCUCGUUCUGCACACAGGAACUUCAUAUUCCAGAAGAAGUCUUGCCCGUCAUUGACAUCAAAGAGGCUUCUAAGGAGCGGUCGCCGUCCAAGUCCGAUCUGCUCAAGCUUCUUCGUCUUGUUCUGGUCAUUGUGCUCAAAAGUGACCAUAACGACGAACAAGUGAAUGCUAUGCAGACCUUGUCACUCGAUGAACAACUCAUCAUGAAGCAGGUGGUCGAGGACGUGCUGUCCGACUAUACCAGCUCCGAUACGACACCACCCACUACGAAGGAGCCGAUCGAUGGCGGUGCAAAUCGCGAAGAAGUCAUCACGUUGCGUCGCGAUGUAGAGCUAGGAAAACAGCGCUUAUCCGAUUGCCAAGAUCAGCUUGCACAUACCGAAUCACAUGUGGAUCGUGUCACAACUGAGAACAAAGAGCUGUUGUCGCAACUUUCCGCGCUGCGUCAAAUCCAGCAUGAACGCGAUGCCCUACGUGACCAGCUUGACGAGGCGAAACCGAUGCUCGAGGCAUACAAGAAGCAGGAGCGCUCGCUCAGCAAAGUUCGGGAACGCGCGGAAGAGGCUACUGAAUUGAAGCGCUCCGUCAAAGAGCUGGAGAAACAAAUCGCGGAACUCAUGGAGCAGUCGUCAGAGGCCGCUGAUCGCUCCGCUUCUCAGCUCGCUGAGCAGCACCGAUCUGUCACUCUCAAAUCUGACCGCAAAUAUACCGAGCUUGUCGAGGAACAUACCCAGCUUGCCCACGAACAUGAAGAACUCAAGAUGCAGCUAGAAAAACUCAUGGAGGAGCGCCGACAAGAUCAGACCCAGAUGCACAGUCUACUUGAGCGCGUGCGUACUCUGGAAGUGGAUACACCCCAUGAUGACUUGGCUCCAUCCCUUGAUCUAGAAACGCAGCAGCAAGAAUUCGAGUCGAUGUCGCCCUUGGAGGACGAUCCCAUGUCAUCGACAGAUGUGACUGUGAUGAUGGAUGCUGUCAAAGCAGAUGUAACAGCGCUUCGAAAUAAUCUGACCUCCAAGCACGCCGAAGCCGAAAAUUUACUCAGGAAGCUCGAGAAAAAAGCACCAAAGGAGGCAGGAAAGACCAGUACAAAAGACAUAAAGAAUAUCGGCGACUUACUCACGGAUUCAUUCCGCCACGAAGACCUUAUCAUGCAACGACUUCAGCGGUGCUGGGACCAUGUAAAUAAACAUAUGCAGCAACGUGUGCUAAGCUCGCCUGUUUUGACAGAUGUUGAGCGUGAACGUGAUGCUUUACGUCAGGAACAACGGCUCAUGGCUUCAGCAUACCAUCAGCUAAGCCAGCGACUCUACCGUGAAGUCAGUUGGCAACACGUCAUACCACCCGUCCCAGUCGACUCAGACGAUCGAGUGCCAGAAGUUCCGCGGGUAUCUGGUAGUGGUCUAUCUUGGAUUGCCCAGCAGCGCAACGCCGUGUCGGGAGCGCUAGGCUUUACGUCCAAGUAG